UCUAGUGUACUAUCUAUAGGUUGAAAUGAUGCUAGAGUGGGGAAACGUCUUCGAAAAAAUUCUCUGAAGUCGAGAAAGCUGCGUAGUUAACGGAAUUGCAAGAAACAGUUUAGUUUGAGGAUGUCAAGCAAAGGGAGGUACGAAUGGUAUCAGACAGAAAGUCAUGUGGUUAUUACUAUUCUGCUGAAAAAUCUGAAGGACGAUGAUGUGAAGAUUGUUUUUCUCCCAGAAGAUCUUAGUUGUUCAAUAAAACUCCCUGGUGGAACAGAUUAUAAUCUUGAACUUGAAUUAUCUCAUGAGAUUGUGCCAUCCAAAAGUUCAUGGAAACUUCUUCCUUCUAAAAUUGAAAUCAAAAUGAAAAAAGCAGAAGGUAUCCGAUGGACGGCACUAGAAAAGACUGAAGAAACAAGAAAAUUGAAACAAAUCCCUCAAGAUCAUUCAGCUAGCGCAGGUCCUCCUACUGUAUAUCCCUCAUCUGCCCAACAUCAGAAAGACUGGGAUAAGCUAGUUCUAGACAUAAAAAAAGAGGAAGAGACUGAAAAACCUGAGGGAGAAGCUGCUUUAAAUGAACUCUUCCAGAAAAUUUACGCAGAAGGAUCUGAUGAAGUUAAAAAAGCAAUGAAUAAAUCAUUUAUGGAGUCUGGGGGUACUGUACUAAGCACCAAUUGGCAGGAAGUAGGCUCUAAACAUGUUGAAGUCAAACCACCAGAUGGCAUGGAGUGGAAGAAAUGGGAAUGAUUUCAUGUGGGUCACUCAGUUUUUGUGUUGGAGUGUAUGUUGGAUGAAGUGUGUGUAUUACGCUUGUUUAUAAAUUACUGACAUGAACUUGACAGUCUGUGAAGUAGACAAUGUUAAUCUUUUCUGAAGCAUAAACAUAUUAUGAAUUCUUACAUAUUAUGUAUUAAUAUUAUGUAUGGGAGUGGUCUGUUACAAAUGCAUUUGUGUGGCUAUUUUUUACUUUCUUAAAAUAACAUAUAGAGAUAUAAGACAGCAAAGGUGCAACAUCUAUACAUCCAUAAAAUAUCAUUAUUAUGUAAUAUGUUUCUAAAUUUUUCUGUUUAUUGUGGAUUUAUAGUUUUUUUUAAAUAACAGUUCCGUCCAGUUCAAUUAUAGUGCCUGCGGCAUGGAAAAUCUUAGAACAAUCAAGUAUUUCUUUGGUUAUUUACUCUAUAUCGCGGUCAAAUACAUUUAUUUCUCAGUUGUUAACUUGCAAUAUUGUAAAGUUUAGCAAAACUUUAUGUAAAUUUUCAUCAAUGAUACAAGUUUUCAGAUGUAUGUGGUCUUAAUUUUUAAGGCUAAAAUAUUAAUUUUCUGAUGCUUUCAUAAAAAAUUUACCAUCUAUUCCACUGGUUUUAUUUUUUCUUUAUGCAUCACUUAUGCAGUUAACUUAUCAUACAUUUUGUAGUCUGCAAUGUUCAACUUAUAAUUUUAGGUUUAAAGCAAUCGAAGAAAAACUUGUAUUAGUUUUAAGCCAUAGUAACUUGAUGAAUAAGGUUUUUUUACUCUAAGGGAUUUCGCACAUUUGGAAGAGCCAAUAAUCGCAAGGUGUUCUAUCAGCUUGGUACUAUCACAGUUUAAUAUUUGUUUCAAAUUAUAUACCCAUUAUACCCAAAUUAUAUGUGACAGUUUCACUGCAGGUAUUUUGUUUUUAAAUCAAAAGGAAGAUUUUAUUCUAAAUUGAGGCAUAUAAAUUGUUUGUAGAUCCAUUUCUUUUUAACCAGUUUUUCAAUUUCUUUUUGAGAUUUUUAGUAAAACCACCAAGAAAUAGCAAUACUAUUAUCAGUGACUGUUUGGGAACAUCAAGUACAGAAACAACAGGAGUGGAGAAUUUCUUUAAAUGUUUCUUAUUAAUAAAGUUAAUAAAUCGUAUAUGAUACCCAUUGUCUUUGUAAUACAGUUUUAAUUCUGUGCAUCUCUUAUUGGUAUUUUAAAUGCUUUAUGAAUGAAUAAAGGAUUAAUUUAAAAAGAACAUUUUUCUUAAGCUGUCAAACUGGUCAGGAACAAAACUUGAAAAGAAAGUAUGCAACCUGCUAAACGUUUUUUAUGAUAAAAAUUAACAUUCAUAUUUAUUCUUCCACCCUGCAUGAAUUCUUUGCAACGAUUGGUUGAGAAUGCAUCAUGUGGUAUAAACAUUUUAAAUGUUACUUUGAAAAGCUGGUCAGUAAAUCUCAUCACUGUUGCUCAGUUGUUAAGGCUGUUGCCAUGCGUUCUUGAUGUUGCAACAGAACUUGUCAUAUGAUAAUUUUUUGCAGCAUAUUGAAAACAUGCUGAUUCAUUUUGGCCUAAUGACAAACAAUUUACUCAAACCCAUAAAAUGACUGAGGGCAUAUGACCAUACGAUUACUGUUACUCACAGAUGAAGAGCUGUGGGGUUUUGUAGGCAUCAGAACUUUGCAGACAAUUUUUUGCAGCACAGUGGAAACAUGCUUAUUCAUCUAUCGUCAUUUACAAACAGCUGGAAACAUACCUUCAAUAUCAAGUAAGGGAAGGAUAACAUUACUUCUUCUUUUACAGUAAACAGUAAGCUUUUUGCAUUGCUUAUUAAGAUAUUCUAAGAAUUUUUGAGCAUGACUUUUAUCAUUCAACGUGAUAAAAGUAUCACUAACAUAUCUUUUAUACAAUAUAGGUUCAAAUUCACCAGGACAUUUUCCCAACCAUUCUUGUUCUUUAACACAUAGAAAAAAAUUGGCUGAGGUAGGGCAUAAUAUUAGAGUCAUAGCCAGACCACCAGCCUGGUUGUAAAUUACAUUAUUAAACCCAAAUUGUGACUGUUUGGUGGCAGAUUCUAGUAAUUUAUAAAAGAGAAAUCUUGUUAAACCCUUUAACCGUUUCUUUUUUCUUUGAAAGUCAAGUAACUAGCUGAUUUUAAUACUUCCUCCAAUGUUAUAUAAGUAUACAAAGAAAUUAUAUCAAAAUUGUUGCAGUAGUUAUUUUUUACAAAAUCGUUCAGAAAAGUUAUUAACAAACCUUCUGAUUUGCCAUUAUAAGUGGUUACAUUAGAAAUUUGCAAGUUUGUAUCCCCAUCACAGAACAUGCUCAUUCUUUCAGCCGCAGGGCGUUAUAAUGUUACUGUCAAUCCCACUAUUCAUUGGUAAAAGAGUAGCCCAAGUGUUGGCAGUGGGUGGUGUUGACUAGCUGCCUUCCCCUUGUCUAUCACUUCUAAAUUAGGGAUGGCUAGCACAGAUAGCCCUCGAGUAGUUUGUGCAAAAAUUAAACCCAAUAUUAGAAACAAUAGGUUUAAUUGGAACUUCAGCUUUAUGAACUUUAGGUCACAUUAUUAUGUUAUACACAUUAGCAUCGAUAAAAGCAUUUCUUGUUUUAAGUUGUAAGAAAUAUUUCUGCAGAUCAUGUUAUCUUUUCAUUUAGAUCUUUACUUAACAAAUUUACUGUUGUUAUUCAGAAUGUCAAGAAGUUUUGAUACAAUAAUUUUAUAUAACAUCAAUUCCAUACCCUUAUCUGUUUUUUUUUUUCAUUACAAUAUCCUGUAACCUCUGUACACAUUUCAUGAAAAUGAAUAUUAUUAAGCAAAAAAAAAAAAUAUUUGGGUACUAUGGAGUAAUUUAAACCUUUUAGCUAACACUUUUUUCUCAAAUACGUGAAGCUGAUAAUCGGAAAGAUUGUGUUACUUUUCCUGGUUCAUCUUUAAAAGGAUUUCACCUUGGGAUUUUGCAGAUUUAACACAGUUCAUAGAAAGUUAAAAUAUUCGUUUGAUAUUUAAAACACAUCGAUAAUAUGGAACAAACAUAGUAAAAAUAAUCAAACAAUAAUACUGUUAUUAUAAGUCAGAAUUUUACUCAGUUCCAGCAGUUAGUGUUUGCAAAGUAUCUUGGUUAGACCUCAUGUCAAUCAGACAUUUUUACUGACCAGAUGGUUACAAUUAAAUAUAAUUUUUUCUCAAUUGCACAGUAACAUGAAAAAGAAUGGUAUUUACUGUUAUCUUAUUAAGAAAGGUUUUUUCUGAUAACUGUUUCUUAUCUUAAAAUCAUCUUCAAAUAUGUCUGUGCUUCUUAGAGAAAGGAUAAAUGUUUCCAGGACUUUAAUGUAAGUAGGAUUUCUUUUUAAUCUUAUCACAAUCAAAAGUACAAGUUAAUAAGAACAAGACAAGGCUUCAAGAUUUAGUCGUGGAGUAAUUAUUAUGCUCAAUAAUUAGUAGAUUUGUUUGAUAAUAUCAUACAUAAUGCGUAUGUUUGUUUUUUCAAUAAAGGACUUUACUAUGUGCAA